CGCAGCUCGGGGUGCCCAGCCCUCCCCAGCGGCUGGCACGGUGGGUGCUGCCCCUGCCCUUCCCUCCCCUCCCUCUUUCCCAAAGGCGGGCGGGAGCCCUGUGCCUCCCCUCGUGACUGCGAUAAACAUUACACCGAGGCCAUUAAUGUUUAAUGAGGUUUGUCUCCCAAUUAAUGCGCCUUCCCGUGGGUGCCCACUCGCAGAGUGAGGCGCCCGCUGGAGCGACGACACGCCGAGGCCAUGGCUGACGAGCAAGUGCCUGAGCAGGGCCAGGACAGAUUCAGCUAUGACUAUGACACCAUCCGCAACGGGGGGCUGAUCUUCGCCGUCGUGGCUUUUGUGAUCGGGCUCCUCAUCAUCCUCAGCCAGCGGUUCCACUGCGGAGGGAGGAAGAAGAGGAGACAAGGGAACGAGGACGAGCUGUAGGUGCAGUUCCAGAGCUGCCAUGCCCCCAUGGAAGCAGAGCUCCAGCCGAAGCCCCGGAGUCCUGGCCAGCGGCCACCCCUCACCCCGCUCCAGUGGAUCCAUUACCCCGCAAGGCCAGAAGGCAAAUUACCCUCGUGCUUCCCCCUCUCUCAGACCCAGCGAGAGUUUCGUGGCUAAUAAAGUUCAAGCUCCGAGAGGUUAAA